UCGCUGCUCUAAUUAACAUCAAGAACAUAAUAACAAAUGAUCCUAAUCAAGCUCUCCGAACCUGGGAUAAUUCAAGUUCAAGUCCUUGCCUUUGGGAUCAUAUCAAAUGCUACGACCCAGACAACACCUAUGUGACCGAUAUUUCCCUUUCUAAUCAAUCGCUCUCAGCCGAACUCGCCCAACUCGCCUACCCACUUACACUGUUGCCGAUGCUGAAGCAAUUGGACUUGAGUUUCAAUCAACUAACGGGAGGUUUACCUGGUGAAUUUGGUCAUCUUAAUGUGACAUUUCUGUCUUUAAAUGACAAUCUUUUAACGGGUGAGAUUCCAUGGGCGUUUGCUGAUAUGCAAAAAUUACAGUGGCUUUAUCUACAAGACAAUAAUCUGAGUGGCUGCUUUCCUCAGACAUUAUAUCCCGACCACGGUCAAUUACUAUACGU